AUGAUGCCCGCGGCGCACGUCUACGGACAUCACCAGUUCAAUCCCCAGGGCGCCGAGUCGUCCUGGAUGCACCAGCAACCCGGCGCGCAUCAUCCUCAUGCCCAGCAACAGCAGCAGCAGGUUGCCGCUGCCGCCGCCGCCGCUGUUCAGCAACAGCAGCACUUUAGCCGUCUGGCUGGCGCGGGUCAGCUGCCCGGCCACGGUCAGGAUGGUGGUCACGACAAUAUCUCAGAGGAUAACCGCCGCACCAUGGGGUUUAUUGCCGACUUGCUCAACGAGAACACCCGCGAGGCUGCCCUGCUGGAGUUGAGCAAGAAGCGUGAGCAGGUUCCUGAGCUCGCCCUCAUUCUGUGGCACUCCUUCGGUGUUAUGACCUCGCUUCUGCAGGAAAUCAUCUCAGUAUACACCCUCCUCAACCCCUCCCAGCUCACCGCAGCUGCGUCGAACCGCGUAUGCAACGCGCUCGCCCUUCUCCAGUGCGUUGCAUCGCACAACGAUACCAGGACUCUGUUCCUGAAUGCUCACAUUCCUCUCUUCCUCUACCCCUUCCUCAACACGACCUCCAAAUCACGCCCCUUCGAAUACCUUCGAUUGACCAGUCUCGGCGUGAUUGGUGCGCUGGUCAAGAAUGACUCUUCCGAGGUGAUUAACUUUCUCCUCACAACAGAGAUCAUUCCUCUGUGCCUGCGCAUCAUGGAGACAGGCUCGGAGCUUAGCAAGACCGUGGCCAUCUUCAUCGUCCAGAAGAUCCUUCUCGACGACAACGGUCUCAACUACAUUUGCGCGACGUAUGAACGAUUCUACGCGGUCGGCACUGUGUUGAGCAAUAUGGUUGCUCAGCUCGUCGAGUCACAGACGGCGCGACUGCUGAAGCACGUUGUUAGAUGCUUCCUGCGACUCAGCGAUAAUGCCCGAGCACGUGAAGCUCUUCGCCAGUGUCUCCCCGAGCCCCUUCGGGAUGCGACCUUCUCGUCGGUUCUCCGUGACGAUGCUGCAACCAAGAGAUGCCUCGCUCAGCUCCUCAUCAACCUCUCGGACAACGUGGUUGACCCUGGCCCAGGUGGCGUUAACAACAUGUGA